ACGGCCGAUUCCACAUAAUUCGACGCGAAGAAACAUGGGUGACUCGUCGGCAGCAGAAGCUGCAAGCCUGUUGGCAUCUGUUGACAAGGCGACAGGCGAUGCCAAGGCGAACGGCCCAGCGUCAAGCGCCCUGAAGACUCUUACAAGCGUCUCGCUCACCGGUGACGGCAGCGGAAACUCGAGUGUAGAAGGUGGCGUGCUUGGCUCUGUGAACGGUAGUCCUGCAAAACGUCAGGAUGCAUCCGACUCAGAGAAGAGCCUUUCACUCCUCACAGCCAACGGCGAGGGAGACCAGUCCAAGACUGUAUCGUCGCCGGAACACUUCUCUACCGCAGAUGAAGGCGACAUCGGCGAGGAAAUGGCCGACCGUGACUCCGAAGAUGACAGCUUUCUCUCAAGAGAGACGGAAGAUGUACAGUCCGAGACUGAAUCGGAAGACGCCGGUGAAGGCUUGGAGCUAAGAAACCUUGACGGUGGCUCCUGGCACAGAAUGGCUGUAAAGAGGGUUCGCAAGGAGAACCCUGAGCUCCCUGAAACCGUGACUGUGUUGAAGACGCAAGAAGGCUCCGUGGUAUAUCUUGUGGGGACAGCACACUUCAGCCUCGAAAGCCAGGAAGAUGUGGCGAAAACAAUCCAAGAGACUCAGCCAGAUGUUCUUUUGAUAGAACUCUGCAAGAGUCGCCUAAAUAUACUGUCCUUCAACGAGGAAGUUAUUCUCAGGGAGUCCCAGAGCAUGAACAUGGAGAAAAUGGUGACGACAAUCAAGCAGAACGGUCUCGUCCAGGGCAUCAUGUACAUUCUCUUGCUCAGCAUGUCUGCGCACCUUACACGACAACUAGGGAUGGCACCCGGUGGAGAGUUUCGCAGGGCAGUGCAAGAGGCAGAGAAAGUGAAAGGCUGCCUGAUCCACCUUGGAGAUCGUCCACUGCAGAUUACACUUCAGAGAGCAUUGGCUGCAUUGAGCGUCUGGCAGAAGCUGCGCCUGGCCUGGCACAUGAUCACAGCCAAAGAGCCAAUCAGCAAAGAGGAGGUUGAGCGCUGCAAAAAGCAGGACUUGCUGGAGGAAAUGCUCGCCGAGAUGACGGGCGAAUUCCCUGCCCUGAGCAAAGUUUUCGUGAAGGAGCGGGACAUUUUCCUAGCGUACUCUCUACGACUCGCUGCCAGCCCCAUGCGUUGCAUGAACAACCCCAGUGGCGAGCAGCCGGUAGUUGUGGUUGGUGUCGUGGGCAUCGGCCAUGUUCCUGGCAUAGUGGAGAACUGGGACAAGGUGUCCGACGUCGACAUUCCUCCCAUUAUGAGAAUUCCGGAACCCUCACUACCGUCCAAGGUGCUAAAGCUUAGCAUCAAGGCCUCCCUACUGUCGCUGGUCGUGUGGGGAUGCUGGAAAGCACUGCCUCCCUCCAUCACCCAAAAACCCAUCGAAUGGGUUGCUGCGUUAUAUCAUCAAUAGAUAUGUAAGGUCACUUUAAAUGUAAAGGAAAAAAAAAAUUAUGAUGGUAACUAUCGAAUGCAGAUCCUUAUCUGCUUUGAAGAAGAAAAAAAGCCGUGCAAGAAUGGUGCGCGGUCUUGAUUUUGUGUACCAUCAGCCAUCGACAAUGGGGUCGAAGCGGGAGAGUUGUGGUCAGAGACCUCUGGGUUUUUUUCGCUGAUCAAGACGAAAGUGAGGAAGCUACCACUACUAGAUUAUUUCUUGAGGAUCCAUACGUGCUCACAAUCGUUCAUGUGCAUCACCAAAUUUGUAGACUGCCUUGCCCCGUUACAAAGCAGCACUUUUGGCCAUGUUGGUGCUUUGUUAAGUCAUUCAAAUGGAAAAUGCUUGUGAUAUAGUCGCUAUAGUGUUCUUGUUUCCAUCGAGAAUUGCUGUCCGUUGGUGGGUCUUUAUAAUAAAUGAGAAAUGUGUCAGUUGUAGCAUAAUUUACUUGCAUUUUCCCUUUAGAUAAAACUUGUUUCAUUACCUUCGUUUAACUUUUUUUUGCACAGCCUGUUGCUGUUAAGUGUUUCAAAGCAGUCAUAGGCAGCCAUAGGUAUACACGCCGUCUCUUCCUCGCACUUUCUUGUUUUGACUUGCAGUACUUUUAUGAAUUUGCAUGUAUGUAUGAGCUUGCGUUGUGCCUUCUACAGCACAAGUGGCACGUCGUAAAGAUUAAAGUGUAUUGUAUUUAUUA